GUCGGUCCAAAGUUCGAGUAAAGAAGAGAUGUGCAUGGAGUCAGCAACCUCAUCACGUAGGAAACAACCUUGCUAAAAAUCCUAACUAGAAUAAACAAGUUUAAUCAUUUAAAGUCUACCCUCCAAUUUGAAGGAUCUCUCAGAAGAAUUACAUCUCAUAGUGAGUGCCAAGAUUCUUCGAAAGUCACGAAACCCACGCCCCUUCUAACAACCACAUCAAUAAUUAAUAUAGGUACAUAGGAUGCUCAGACAAUGUGAGAGACUGGGAGGACUGAAGUGAACAGAACACGAGUGGGGACAAUAGAAUGUAUAUAACACAAAAUUACAGGACUUGUUAAUAAAAUCUAACAAUCAUAAAGUAAAUGCUUAAUUUACAAAAUGUCCAUCGAUUGUCUCAAAAUGAUUCAGACUUCAUUGUUCUUGCACUUUCAUACAAAUUGCAUUCUGUUUCCAUUCUUUACUGUUCGAUCUUCUUGUCUCUCUUCUUCCAGACCUUAUGUUUACGACUAAUAUCAUAUACUACUUAUGUCAAUAUAAGUAGCACACACCACAGGACUAACCAAAUAGCUACAGAAAUGAGGAGAUACAACUUGCAGGUGCUCGAAUUAAGUGAAACACAUUGGACUCAAGCUGGACAGAGAAGACUAGAUUCGGGAGAGAUGCUGCUGUACUCUGGUCACGAAGAUGCAAAUGCUCCACACACACAAAGGGAUUUGCUCUGAUGCUGUCCAAAGAAGCAUGACAAGCACUUGCUGAAUGGAAAUCUCAUGGAUCCAGAAUAAUCAAAUCAUCAUUCAAGACAAAGAAGGGAAUCACAAUAAAUGUUACCAAAUGUCAUGCACCCACUAAUGAAUGCAACGACAACGCUAAAAGUCGGUCUUAUGAGAGGAUGGA